UGUUUUUAAUAUCUAAACUUUGCUCAUGUCCUCACAAAUGACAUUUCUUAACUUUGUCUUUUCAGGAAAGUUACCUGAUUAUGGAGUCACUGAACGAGUCUUCUUCGCGCAAAUAAGUCUUAGACUACCUUUAGAGACACUGCGCUUGGCAAAAUUCAAUUAACGCAAAAAUAGCUUGUGUCUCAUGUUUAUGCAUUAUAGUAUGUGGAAAAUAUUUGGAUGAAUCUCCGUCCAAGCGUGAACGGGUUCUUAGUCGCUGAAACGCGUUGAAGUAUGUUUAUACCCAAGAGGGGUACAACAUGGUAGACUCUUUGCUAAAUGAUUCUCUUGCAGACCCUAUUAACGAUGUUUCGACUCAGGAUCCUCGAUCAAGAGCUGGCGUAUUCCUUCAAGCCGCCUCUAUGGUGAUUAUAAUACUUGUUGCGUUGGGGGGCAAUCUACUCAUUCUAGCGGCCAUUUACAUUGACAAAACUCUGCAAACAAUUACGAACGUGUUCAUAAUCAAUCUAGCCUGCGCCGAUCUGUUACUCACUAUGAUCGGGAUGCCUUUUACUCUCGCUUCAUCCAUCACGUAUGAUUGGAUCUUCGGGAACAAAUGGUGUAAGGUCAAUGGUAUGGCCAACUCUUUGUUUUGUAUCGCUUCGAUUCUCACGCUGGCAGCGGUGUCAAUUGACCGAUACUGUGCAAUUCUCUAUCCUUUCAAGUACGGUACGUGGAUAACGAACAAGGUUGCUGCUGGAAUGAUUACUUAUAUAUGGUUCCAUGCCUUACUUAUGGCUUGCCUUCCACUCACCGACUGGACACAGUACACUUUUAUACGAUCCGAGUCUAUCUGCACUGUUGAGUGGGGCUACAGUAUUUCUUACACAAUAUUCUUAUUUUCCGUGUGCUUUUUCUUGCCACUUGCCGUGAUGAUGGUAACAUAUUUAAAGAUAUUUCGCACAGCCAAGAUGCAAUCGAGGAGAGUUGUUCCAGUUACGGGUUCAAUUGGAGUGAAGGGGGAAGCCAGCUCAAGUGAAUACUCUGGUUUGCGAGGCGAUAGUCAAUCGCAUUUGAACUCUUCAUCAAUAGACCCAUUUUCUAUUUUAUCAGUCAAGAAUCAGGGUAAAAAUCAGAGUUCGCUAAACAGCGACAUGUACGACGAAAAAUUAAUAUCAGGUCGUCAAACACCGGGAAUAAUUUACAAUGAACGAAACGAGGUCACGGCAUCAUCAUUUAAAAUGACAAAUACUGACGAUCAACCCACUAAGGACUCUGGUUAUGAAGAGGGGGGUUCGACGAGUUACUUAAAACCAAGGAGAAUUUCGAGUGAAUAUGGAAGCUUAGGAAGGGAAAGCGUUUUGAAUAGCAGUUGUGAAAGUAUACAAGAUUCAGUUAUCGCUUCGAACGAACCAAUCUGUUGCAACAUACACGAUCGACAGUGUGCGUCAACUCUAUUAGACAGAACGUACGUGGACAUGCUGCCUCCAAAAACAAAUACUAACAUCUUGAAAAGAAAAACUGGCGCCAUUUAUUUACCUCCUCUUCAAAAUGUGAAAGGAAAAGAGGAAAUGAAGGCAAUUAUGCAACAUUUUAAUCAACCUCGAGCGGAUUUAGGAAAUUUAAACAAUUGCCAGUCAAGUGUAAACGAAUCAACAAAGGACAAUGACGUAAAUAAUAUGAACGAAUACCCUUCUUAUCCUAUGAAGAACGUUGAUAACUUAGAAAUAAGAACGUCUUGCCGGUCAAACAGCCUUUCAGUCGGGGCAAUUGUACAACCGCGACAGACGAAAGCCCAUAGUGUCUCAGAUUUUCCCAGACAAUCGUCGCAAAUUCCUGUAGUUGUUUCUCAAUCUGCAUCACACAGUUCGUUUGCUUUCUCAUCAAAAAGUUGUCAAGAGGGCGGCAGAGCUUCUCCCGCGACGCGUAGAAAGAAGCUUUCAACUGUUUCGAUCUCCACUCUAAAGAACUUUGCGGGUCCAAACGCAUUUAGAGCAUUCAGCAAAUCAAAACUUGCGCUUGAUAAACUUCGGAAAAGGAAGGACGUACAAGCCCGAGCGAAAAUGCGACGUGAAACCAAAGCUGCUAAGACUUUAUUGAUUGUAGUGGGCACGUUCGUGUUGUGCUGGACACCUCACUUUAUAGGAAUAUUUUGCCUUUUAUUCGAAGACUGUUCGUGGCCGGACGAAUUCUUUGCUAUCACAACUUGGCUCGCAAUGUUGAACUCUGCCUGCAAUCCUGUUAUUUAUGGAGUAAUGAGUCGGCAUUUUAGGAAGCGAUUCAAACAGAUUCUACAGUGUAAGAGAGGAUUCUUUUGAAAGCUUCCUACACAGCAUGUACGAGUAAGGAUGACACUUGCAUAUAAGAAAUUCACUACAGGCAACUGCCAUUAGCUGAAUUGUUGGAAUGAGCAUUCAACUGAAAGUUGAUGGAAAUGUUCACCGGAGAGUUGUUGAACGAUGCAUUGGUGAACAGUCCACCCAGAACUCUUGCUGUUAGACCAUCACUACCGUUAUUAUUGCCGACUACAGAUGGAAGUGCAAGGCUGUUGACAUUAAUUUUUCGCAAAGCUUAAAGUGCGUGGACCGCCGCUGGCGUUGGCAGCUGUGACAGUAGUUAGAUUAAGCACCGCGAAAACGACGAACGCUGAACGUCUGCUGGCCGUUUGUCGUUUGCCGUUCCGUCCGCGAUGUUCGUCUGUUUAAGCUUCCC